ACAAAAUAAAACAUAUACACAUAUCAUUAUCAUAAUGCCUGAACUCAAGUUUGACGAAAUCAAGGCUGGUCAAGGUGAAGAUCUCCACACAUUGACUCGUUGGGUCCUCUCUCAGCAACAGCAUGCUCCCGAGGCCACUGGUGAUCUCACCAUUCUCUUGACCGCCAUUCAGUUUGGUUGCAAGUUUGUUGCUUCCAAGGUCAAGCAGGCCGGUUUGAUCAACUUGUUGGGUCUUACUGGUGCUGCCAAUGUUCAGGGUGAGGAGGUCAAGAAGCUCGACGUGUUGGCCAACGAUAUCUUCCGUAACGCAUUGAUUGCUUCCGGAAAGGCAUGCUUGCUGGUAUCUGAGGAAGAUGAGAACGCAAUGAUCAUCCAGAACCCCAAGCAGCGUGGCAAGUAUAUUGUUACCUUUGAUCCUCUCGAUGGCUCUUCCAACAUCGACUGUGGUGUAUCUAUUGGUACCAUUUUCGGUAUCUUCAAAGUCAAGGACGACAAGAACCCAAACAGCUCUGACCUUAUCCGCAGCGGUAGAGAAAUCGUUGCUGCCGGAUACUGCAUGUACGGUUCUUACUGUGAAAUGAUCUUGUCUCUCGGUAAUGGUGUCAAUGGUUUCACUCUUGAUCCUUCUAUCGGUGAGUUUAUCAUGACCCACCCAAACAUCACCAUUCCUCCCAAGGGUAAGAUCUACUCUGUUAACGAGGGUAACUACAAGUACUUUGAUGAGCCCUCAAAGAAGUACGUUGACCACGUCAAGUCAAAGUACACUGCUCGUUAUGUUGGUUCCAUGGUUUCUGAUGUUCAUCGUACACUUCUCUACGGUGGUAUCUUUGGUUAUCCCGCCGAUUCAAAGUCAAAGCGCGGAAAGCUUAGAAUCCUUUACGAGGUCUUCCCCAUGGCCUUCUUGAUUGAACAGGCUGGUGGUAAGGCUACUACUGGUACCAAGAACGCUUUGGACAUCGUUCCUGAGCAUAUCCACGACCGAUCUGGUAUCUGGCUCGGAUCCAAGGAUGAUGUCGCAGAAUUGGAAGCCUUUUACAAGAAGAAGUAAAAUCCUGUUUUCUCUCUCUCUCUCUCUCUCUCUCUCUCUCUAUCUUGUUUUUGUAUACCAGAAAACAAACAAAGCAAAAAAGAUAUAUAUAAAUGAAAACAACCUCCACUGUACAAUUUACAUAAUAAAAAAAAUCUACACCAUAAAUAUAACAAAG